CUAUAGAUGUGUUAGUUGUAAGGACUUUGCCCUGAUCUACUUUAAUUUUACUUUUGCGAAUUUUUGUGAUGUAACUUUCUCGUUCAAUCUAAUUUUCAUUUACCAAAAAAUUUAUUUAAUUACUUUUCUAUAAAAAAGUUUAUUUUGGUAGAAGCAUUUUUAACCAAAAAAUAUUAAUUAAAAUGUUUGUAGCUUGUGCAAAAACUUUAAGAACUCAUUCAACAAAAUUUAGUGCAUUCAUCCGUCUAGAAUCAACAUUAGUUAUUGCUGAACAUAAUAAUGAAAUUUUAGCACCAAUAACACAAGUAACAUUAAGUGCAGCCAAAAAAAUAGGUGGUGACAUUACUGUACUUGUAGCUGGAACAAAAUGUAAACCAGCUGCUGAAGCAUUAUGCAAAGCCAAUGGAAUCAACAAAGUUUUAAUAGCUGAAAAUGAUGCUUUUAAGGGUUUUACACCAGAAUCUCUAACUCCAUUAAUUAUAGAAACCCACAAACAAUUUAAUUUCAGUCAUAUCAUAGCUGGAGCUAGUGCUUUUGGCAAAGCUUUAUUACCUAGGGUCGCUGCAAAAUUAGAUGUUUCUCCAGUGAGUGACAUUAUCAAUAUAAAGUCUUCCGAUACUUUCGUGCGCACAAUUUAUGCUGGUAAUGCACUGCAAACUAUAAAGGUUAAAGAUGGUAUCAAAGUAAUCACGGUUAGGGGUACUGCAUUUGAACAAUUACCAUUAGAUGGUGGUAAUAUUUCAACAGAAUUAGCACCAGCUGGAGACUAUAAAUCAAAUUUAGUCGAAUUCGUAAAGCAAGAACUUAGUAAAUCUGAUAGACCAGAAUUAACAUCUGCCAAAGUAGUUGUUUCUGGAGGACGUGGCUUGAAAUCUGGCGAAAAUUUCAAACUAUUAUAUGCUUUGGCUGAUAAAUUAAAUGCUGCAGUAGGUGCAUCACGUGCUGCUGUUGAUGCUGGAUUUGUUCCUAAUGAUCUACAAGUUGGACAAACUGGAAAGAUCGUCGCUCCAGAUCUUUAUAUUGCUGUGGGUAUUUCUGGUGCUAUUCAGCAUCUGGCUGGAAUGAAAGAUUCCAAGACAAUUGUAGCAAUCAACAAGGACCCAGAAGCACCGAUUUUCCAAGUUGCUGACUAUGGACUAGUUGCAGACUUGUUUAAAGUUGUGCCUGAACUUACAGAGAAGUUAUAAUGAUAUUAUAUGAACUCACUGGAAAGCAGUAAUACAAUUUAUUAUAUUUUUAUAUUUUUUGUAUAACAAAUAAUAACAACAAUAAUGAUCAAAACAUUUUAUAGACUUAAUAAAAUUACAAAUAAUGUUAA